UGCUAUUAGUGCUUAUUUUCCAUUUUGAUGGAAAAAAAAAAAAUCAUAUGCUAUGCAGGUAUCACGGGAUACUGAGACAGGCAUUAGUCGUGGUUGUGGUUUUGUUACAAUGGGUUCAAUUUCUGAAGCAAAAUAUGCAAUAGCUGCUUUGGAUGGGUCUGAUGUUGCUGGACGUGAAAUGCGAGUUAAGUUUUCAGUUGACAUGGUUUCUGGGAGAAAAAAUGUUGAGGCUCUGAACUCUGCACCUAAAAAGAACUUUGUCUUUGAAAGUCCUUAUAAGAUUUAUGUUGGUAACCUUUCUUGGUCAACAAGGCCUCAAGAUCUAAGAGAACAUUUCAGUCAGUUUGGAACCGUCGUUAGCACUAGGGUGCUUCAUGACCGCAAGCGAGGGAAAAAUCGUGUUUAUGCAUUUCUUUCUUUCUCUUCUCCUGAUGAAGUUAAGGUUGCAACAGAAGCAGAUGGAUCGGAGUUUUAUGGACGUGUUAUGCUAGUGAGACAAGUUAUUAAUGAGGCGGGAAGACAGAAUGAAUAAUUUUUUUUACGAUUUUACGUUUAAUUCUUGUUAAAUCUGGGGUGAACCAAACCUCUAGGGAUGCACUAAUGGCUUGCAAAAAAAUCAGCAAUCUUCUAAGGAAUGGCAAUUCUUCGUUAUCACCUUAAAUGAUUUCAAGUUAAUAACUAUAAUUCAUGGUUGGCUGAGCGUAUGUGCGUCAUUGAGGCAUUCUCUUCUGCCGAUUUAGAGCUUAUUGUAACAUGUAAGAUGUGUUGAUCAAGUUGCUAACUUCAGGAAGAAACAACUGUUACUUGUACUCUUGAUGAUAGUGUUGAGUUUCUUCUUCUUUUUUUUUGGUUGAACUUUGGAUAGCCAAUCUCCCAUUAUACUUUGGGUUUUCCAGUUGAUGAACUUGUCUAAUGUUAUAAAAAGCUCAUAAUAGUUUUUCAA